AUGGUCUGGACAAAUUCAUUUCUGAAGAAGCAUGGCGCUUCGCCCAAUGCUGUGAUGUCAGCCGGAAUCUGUGCCAGGUUCCUGCAAAUGGUGGUGUCCUUCUUCGUGGGUUGGCUUGCUGACAUCUACGGCGUCGCCUUCGUGACCCUUCUCAGCGGCGCAGUGCUUGGCUGCGCUGGCUUUCCCUUGUUUAUCCUCCUGGCGACCUACCCAGACAGCCUGAUCAACCUCUUCCUUACCUACAGCAUUGGCUACGGCCUCAUUGGUGCUAUGGUGGGCACGGUAGUCUUCAUGUACUGCGCCGAGCUUUUCCCCACCUCCGUACGGAACCUGGGGGUUGGCAUCAGCUACAAUGUGGGCUUCGGGCUCUUUGGGGGCUUUGCCCCCCUGGUGGCUGAAGCCUCCCUACAGUGGUCAGUCUAUGGCCCAGGCCUCCUUUUGUCUGGGGCGGGCCUGAUUACUUUCCUCAGCGUGGCGACCAGCGUCAUGGGGCUCAGGGCCGGGAAGCUUAAGUUGGCGUACCUGAGGCCAGAGCUCUACUGCCGUGGCUUUGCAAGGGUGGACCGGAAGGCACCCGACUUCCCGAACGUCGUCGUCCCACCUGCGGUCGACUGUGAAAAGGUGGCUGGUAUGUGA